AUGAGUCUAGACAGAUGCCAAUCAGGGGCUUGGACGGGGGGUGUUCAGGUACUCUGUUCAAUACAUGCUAUUGUACUCUGUAUAGUCUACGUAAGUAUUCGUCGAAUCUUUUUUUUUUUCACCUCCUGCAGUAGCUUCAUCCCAUCUGCACCUAACCUCAACGCCAAAACUCAUGCUAAAUACGAGCGGCUUGCAACCACUCCCGUGCCGCGACACGGGACAGACAGUGAGCGACACGCAGCCGCACCAUGCCAUCCAUAG